AUGGAAGGACUGGGCGAAGAGGAAGUGAAGUUCAGCUCUAGACCCUUCCCAUGGGUCGGUCCAAACAAAAAGGAGGCCUCAACUUUGCUGUGGAAACUCAAAGAUUGUUUUUCCGACAAUGUAACAUCCUCUGCCAACUCCUAUAAAGAAGGUUUCAUGGAGGACAGAAAGCCUGUGCUGGGCCUGAAUGAUGUCCCCCCUCCUCCUGUUCCUCUGCAUCACAAUACAUCUUCACCGCCUUCCCAGCGUUUCUCUCUCGCCCCUCUCCCCAUUCCAACACCUAUCAUGUCUUCACCUCAUCAGAUACAUCCACCACUGUCCCAGCAGAAACGGGGGUCUAAGGCCAAAGUAAGCUCUUGCUUCUAUUGCGAACACUGCAACUCUGGUGGCUAUAACACUUUAGAACGCACGGUUGGUGUGACGGGUGCACACCACUGCCAAGAGUGUUUGUUAAAGCCUCACAUAGGGUGUCAACCUGACAGAAUGUGGCCCAAUGUCCCUCCUCCCCAGACCGCUCCCAUUCCCAUUUGUAAUGGCUGUAGUACAUCUGACGGAAAAUAUGUACAAAAAUAUGUAUCUCCUGAAAUUAGUGGUCCUGAGAAUAUUCCUCCUGUCGGGGUUUUCUGGGAUAUUGAAAACUGUAGUGUUCCCAGUGGACGCUCUGCUGCUGCUGUGGUCGAGCGAAUUCGCAGCCGCUUUUUCAAGGGUCAUCGCGAAGCAGAAUUCAUCUGUGUGUGUGACAUUAGCAAAGAGAGUAAAUCUGUCAUCCAAGAGCUCAACAACUGCCAGGUCACAGUUGCACAUAUCAAUGCCACAGCCAAAAAUGCUGCAGACGACAAGCUCCGUCAAAGUUUGCGUCGUUUUGCCGAGACCCACACUGCUCCUGCUACAGUUGUGUUGAUUUCCUCUGAUGUGAACUUUGCUAGUGAGCUUAGCGACCUGCGGCAUCGCCAUGGCUUUCAGGUGAUCCUCGCCCAUAACCACGCCUCGCCAGCUCUUCUGCAGCACGCCAACUGCCACGUGUCCUUUCAGGAGAUUACUGCUAAUUUGCCCGCACGAAUGGUGAAUGAAAAGCCCACUUCCAGCCUCCUCUAUGUGCGCAACCUUCCCAUCGCCCGUGACAAGAGUCAACUCAGAGAUGUGAAACAGAGGCUUCGCCGGUUGUCCUCUAACUGUGGUGGCAAGGUGCUAGGGGUGUCCUACGGUACAGCUAUACUGCGUUUUUGCAGUCCUGCCGUAGCUGCUCGUGCGCGUAAACGAAUGGAGAAUGAAGAUGUGUUUGGUUGUCGCAUCAGUGUUUCCUUCUCACCCUGGUCCGCAGAGGAGCCCAGGCCCAGUUUUCAGACUUACCUCCAGCAAGUUUUUCAUGCUCUGCCCCAGCCCUUCCCAAUCUCCAACUCGACGUUUGCCCCACAAUUUCCCUCUUUACCUUUUCUACCCAUGGAUAAAGCCAGGUUAUCCAGGAGGUCGCGCUUCCGUGCUGCCCAACCAGAGCGGCCCUGGCGCCCUAGAAGAGGGCGCAGUGGGCCUCCCCAUGGUGCUCCAUUCAAAGCUUUUCAGGAGGGUAGCUAUGUAGAUGCAAAGCCUCAUGUCUUUCCGGACAAACGAACACGUGCCCUGUCCUCUUCACCUCGCCGCGAUCAGACAGUACUCCUGGAUCAAGUGCCCAAGUCCCCCCUCGCUGGGGAAUCUAUGUUCAGAAGGAGAAGAGAUGGCUCAAGUCCUCGAAGCACAAAGGAGUUCCCUAUUGAAGGAGAGAGGACUUUGGGAGAGUUUCAGAUCAGUACACCCUCUGCCUUCAGCAAACUAAACCUACAGAGAAGCUUCACUCCCCUUGUGCCUUCACAGGGCUCUUCAAGGAGUGCAUCUCCCUGUUUGUCCAGCCGCUCUUCACCCGUGCGUGCUCCUCCUCGUAGUCCUGAAUCUUCUCCUGAGCCAUUCUCUGAUGGCGCCGAGGUCCAAGCGGCAAACCUGGAUUACAGAAUGUCCCGCAAAGAUCUCCUGCAAAUUCUUCACAACACAUUCUCAAGAUACGGACAGGUGAAGUCUGUAGAGUUGAGCCCUCACACAGACUACCAGCUGAAGGCAACAGUCCAAAUGGUAUCUUUACAGGAGGCUAUCAGUGCAGUUGGUGGUCUGCACCGCAAUAAAAUUGGGGGCAAACGUAUACAAGUGUCUUUGGUCACUGGAGGUAGCAACAAAUCUGUGUCCAUGCUGAGCAGUGAGAUAGUUAGUAUCCUCCAGGACGCACCUGCCAACUGCCUUCCACUUUUCAAAUUUACGGAGAUCUAUGAAAAAAAAUAUUCCCGAAAGCUCAUGGUUGGGGAUCUGUACAGACUGCCUGAAGUGGUUGCUGUGCGAGAACAGGGAGGAACGCGACUCGUUUGUCUUUUACCAUGCAGCCAAGUCCGUCAGAGUCCACUGGGGUCCUCUCUGUCUCAGGAAGGGUCAUCCUCGGCGAGUGGAAGCCCUGUUGUGUUUGAAGAACUGGAGUAUCAUGACCCUGUGUGCAGACAACACUUUUCACAGCAAGACUUCAGUGAGGCUGAUUUUGAUCCUGACACCUACACAUUGCCAUUUGUGGGGAUGUCUGUGAGCGCUUUGACCUCUGAUGUCCACACUUUGUUGCAUUCACAUGAGGGAACUCUUCCACUGCUCAGCUUUCCAGACUGCUACGCCAACCAAUUCAGCCCUCUGCAGUUGGGAAAUGAGACACUAGAGGGCGGUGUUCCUCUGGAGCAUCUCAUAUCCUGUGUUCCCAGUAUCACAAUCGUCACAGCUCAAAAUGGCUUCAAGAUCAUCAAGUGGAUUCACAAUAAGCCUCCAGCCCCAAACAGUGAGCCGUGGAUACAGCGCUGUAAGAGUCCAGUGGGUAACCCUCAGCUCAUUCAAUUCAGUCGUGAAAUAAUUGACCUAUUAAAGAGCCAGGCGUCCUGCAUUAUGCCAAUGAGCAAAUUCAUCCCCUUGUACCAUCAUCACUUUGCCAAACAAUGUCGGGUCUCAGACUAUGGCUACUCCAAACUGUUGGAGCUGCUUGAGGCUGUGCCACAUGUGCUUCAGAUUUUGGGCAUGGGAACAAAAAGGCUGCUGACAUUAACACAUCGGGCUCAAGUGAAACGCUUCACCCAAGAUUUGCUCAAACUUCUCAAAUUCCAAGCCAGUAAACAAGUUACAAUACAGGACUUCAUGCAAGCAUACCACUGGUGCUUCUCCAGAGACUGGCGGGUGAUUGACUAUGGUGUGUGUGAUUUGAUGGAUCUUCUAAAUGAGAUUCCGGACACAACAAUCACCAUCACACACCAGGACCACGACACAAUCAUCUCUGUCCCCAAGAGAGAACGUACAUCUGAUGAGAUGGACCGCACCAAACAGUUUGGGAAGGAGGUGGUGGAUCUGCUUCGCCAUCAGCCUCACUGCAGGAUGCUCUUCAGUAAAUUCAUUCCGACUUACCACCAUCAUUUUGGGCGUCAGUGCAAGCUCAGCUACUACGGCUUUACAAAACUCUUGGAGCUUUUUGAAGCCAUUCCUGAUAUACUCAUAGUGCUGGAGUGUGGAGAGGAAAAAGUGCUGUCUCUAACAGAAGUGGAGCAGAUCAAGGCUCUGGCAGCACAACUCGUCAAACUACUCAGAGCCCAAAAGGACUCCAGUCUCCCUGUGAGUCAGCUGCAGACUGAAUAUAGCAAGACAUUUGGCUAUGGGCUCCGUCUGCUGGACUAUGAUGUGAGCUCCCUGCCUGCACUGCUUGCAAAGCUCUGCCAUGUUGUCAAGGUGGUGGAUGGGAGUGGAGGCCAUGAGGUCCAGCUGAUCAACAGGAAGUCCCUGCGGUCACUAACUUCCCAGAUCCUUGUUCUGCUGAUGUCUCAAGAAGAAGAGGAGGUCUCCAGGGGUUUGGAAGUGGAUCAAGUCGGCACUCUAUACAUGAGCAUGUUCGCAGCACCUCUGAACCCAUGUGAAUAUGGAUUCCUCUCUCUUAAUGAGCUCCUAAAGAGCCUCCCUUAUCUGGUUGAGUUGUACUCUGAAGGUGAGGACAGCAGCUCAAUGAGACUGAGGCUCACCAGGCUUUACCAGACUGCCCGUAAUGUCCGCGCACUGCUCCAAACCUACCAUUACAACCAGAUCUUCCAGUCAGAGUUUCCUGGAGCCUAUCAGAAAUUCACUGGCUCCAGCAUUGAGCCACGCUCAUUCGGAUUCAAUAACAUUGAUGAGCUGCUCAAUGCAAUCCCACAGGUGGUCUGGAUCAAAGGGCACGGUCACAAGCGGAUUAUCGUUUUGAAAAACGAUAUGAAAGCGAGAGUGGGCGCAUCCGGCCCCAGCAGUCCACAGCCCAGCAACUGCACAGAAAGUCCAAGGGAGAGUCCAGUCAGCAGUGAGAUUUCAGACUCUUAUGGUUCAGGUGUUGCUGAGCUGCUGUCUGGGGUCUCUCCUGUGGACCUCCUAUGUGGGCCGGCCCCCUCCUGCCUCCCCUCCCCUCAACUGCACCCUGACCCUGUGCUUCGGUUGGACCUGAUUAAUUUUGAGAAGCAACACACCACUGAGGUAUCAGCUGAAACUUCAGGUGAGAGGACCUCUACUCAAACUAGGCGAGAAUCCACAACGGACCCAGACCCCGCACCACAGCAGCGCUCUUCAAUGGGAGCGAACAGCCCCAGGAGAGCGUCUCGUAGCAGGUUCAAGCUCGCAGCUAAUUUCAGCUUCACUACAGGACUCUGA